CUUCCAUCGUCUGCGAGGACGGCGGGGGUGCGCUCAUCGGCGGUGGGUGGCGGCGAGGGAGCGGGGCGAGGUGCGCGCGCUCAGCAGGACAUGGGGGGAGGAGGGAAGGAGGGCUGUGGCGCGGUAUGCGGGCGGGAGAUAUAGCCGGGGAUCAUGCGCCCGGGCCCCCAACUCCGCCGCCGCCGACGGCACCGCAGGCAAGCGCCGUCCCCCGCGUGCCCCCUUCCUGCCUGCCGCCCGGUCAUGAGGCGCCUUCACACGCCUCCCAUCGCCUCCGCCCCGGUCCCGCCCCCUCGUGACGCGGCGGCGCCCACAGCGCCAGCCUACAAAGGAAGGUCAGGUCAGAAUCCGGGGCCUGUGCACGGAAAGACUUGCCUUGUUGGGCCCGCGCGCCGCCCCUCGCCCCACGCUCGGCAUAUCCGCCCACCGCGGGUCGGGGCAGCCGCGAUGUCGCGUCGCCUUGGCUGCCCGGCAGGCGCCCGAUCACCCCUGCGCCCGAUCACCCGCGCGCGCGGAGUCGGCCGCCGCGCCGCAGGGCCCCUUGAUGCCACCAACCCCCAGCGCCCGCACGGUCUCCUCGUCAAUUCAACGGCAUCCGCGGCGCGCUGCCUCCCUCCACGUCAGGACGCGCAGCCCCAUUGACUUGCGGCCCCUCGCCGGGCCUUGACUGGAGCAGAAGUUGGGACGGAGCCUGGCGCUCCCACCGGCGCUUGGCCCCCGCGCUGAAGCCCGAUCUUCGAUGGAACUGCAGCAGAUGGGCGGCGGGACCCGUAUCCGGCCUCCGCGGUCCUGAAGGCGGCGCUUCGCGCUUUACGUGGCGGUCUGGAUCUUG